AUGCUCAUUAGAGCAGUAAAGAGAUACUACAGCACGGCACAGGUCUCGCUUAUUCAAGAUGGUCGUGGAUAUCUCCAAUACUGUAUGAACCAUGGGAUUAACACGAGGUCUACUGUUUUCAGAGGUACGUUUUAUGAAUUAUACGUGAAACAAUUUGUUGAAUCGAAUCUUUAUGCAAAAGGAUUGAUAAAAUGUGGUGGUGCUUACGAUAACGGUGUGGAUAUAAUGGGUUAUUGGGACUUGCUACCUUUUUACAAAUUAUCCAAACAAAUUGGUGGUAGCUCUUUAGGGAAAAUUCAUUCCAAAUCGUUGGUAAAUCAUGCUAAGGAGUUAGAGUCGUCUUUGAAAAAGACAGUCUCCUUACAAAAUGAUAUCAAUCUUUUGAUCCAGUGCAAAAACACAAAGAAGAGAUUAGGUGCUCAAGUAGUUCGAGAAUUAUCUGGAAUUAUGGAGUAUCAUAAGUUUAAAAAAAACUCUACAUUUAUGUUUAUAGUUAGCCCGCAUCCUUUGACUUUACAGGCCAUUUCUCAAUUGGAUAAAUCCACAUUUGCAAUGAUUAGUCUAGCGAUUUCUGCCUUGGUCAACAAUAAUAUUGCUAACCACUAUGAUUUUGACCAAUGGCAAGGUGGUGUAUUAACUUCCGUUUAUAUAAAUAGCCAUGCAAGAAACUUAUUGAGCGGACUUAAUAUAGAACAACAGUUGGGUACAUUUAUAAAAGAUAUAUAA